CGAGCAGCAGCUUACACUGGAGCAACACUGCCUCAAUGUUGCACUACAUGGCCUCCAUCUUGUCUAGAGAAGAGCAAUGUGGGAUGACAUUCGUCUUAUGCUACACUGCCUCUUUCUUGUCGACUGCAAGAGAGAGCGGGAAGGGGGGGGGGGGGAGGGGGAGGGCGCGAGGUACAUAAGUAAUAACAAGGACGAUAAUGAUGACGAUCGAAGGGGACAAAAGGAGGCAGAGGAGGAGGGAGAAAAGGAGGAAGAGGAGGAGGGGGGAAAGGAGGACGAGGAGGAGACGAACACACACAAAAGUUAUGCCCGAAAACAAUUUGCGGAGGAGGAGAAGAAGGAAGAGGAAGACGAGAAGGAAGAGGAGAAGAAGGAAGACGAGAAGGAAGAGGAGGAGAAGAAGGAAGAGGAAGACGAGAAGGAAGAGGAGAAGAAGGAAGACGAGAAGGAAGAGGAGAAGAAGGAAGAGGAGGAAGAGGAGGAGGAAGAGGAGGAUGAAGCGGGGGAGGAAGAGGAGGAGAAAGAGGAGGAAAAGGAAGAAGAGGAAGAAGAGAAGGAAGAGGAAGAGGACGAGAGGAGGAGGAAGUGGAGGAAGAGGAAGAGGGGAGGGAGGAAGAGAAGGAAGAGGAGAGGGAGGACAAACAAGAAAUCAUUCGGCUAGAAAAACUAGUAGCAAGCGAACCAUUCGAAAGCAUCUAGGUACUUAGACG